AUGACUGACUGGAAUAAUGGAUUGACCAAAGGAAGAGUACUGAACUUUGGUGCUGGUCCAGGUUGUCUUCCAGAGGAAGUAUUAAUCACCGCUCAAAAUGAACUCUUAAACUUUCAAGGUUCAGGAAAGAGUAUAAUGGAGCUUUCACAUCGUGGUAAAGAAUUUACCAAAGUUAUUGAAGAAACAAAAGCAAACUUGAAACUAUUACUUAAAGUACCAGAUAAUUAUGAUAUUCUAUUCCUUCAAGGUGGUGCAACAUCAUUGUUUGCAGGUAUUCCUUUGAAUCUAUGUGAUGGACCAUCGGAUACGAUCGACUUUUUAGUUACUGGUGCUUGGUCAAAGGCAGCCUACAAUGAAGCGAAACUCUAUACUAAAGCCAAUGCCGUUAUCGAUAUGGAGUCAUCCAAGUUCUUGUCGGUGGUGAAUCCAGCCGAGUGGAAGUUCUCUGAGAAGCCAGCUUACAUUCACUACUGUGACAACGAAACUGUACACGGAAUCGAAAUGCCAACCAAUGUCUAUGAGUACACUCCAGCCGGUGUGCCAAUCGUUUGUGACAUGUCGUCAAACUUCCUCUCGAAGCCAGUCGACGUCUCCAAGUACGGUGUGAUAUUCGCCGGUGCACAAAAGAAUGCUGGUAUCGCAGGUAUCACCAUCGUCAUCGCAAGACACGAUCUCAUCUCAAGAUCUAAACCAAACGUACCAAAUGUAUUCAACUUUUUGAAAAAGAGUCAACAGAAUUCACUUGAUAACACUCCACCUACUUUUAAUAUUUAUAUUACGGGAUUGGUAUUGAAAUGGUUGAUAAAGAACGGUGGUUUGGAGGCAGCCGACAAGAGAAACCAAGAGAAGGCCGAUCUGCUCUACAAGACAAUCAAUGAGUCCAACGAUUUCUAUUGUUGUUAUAUCGAUGAGAAAUAUCGAUCAAAGAUGAACGUAUGUUUCAGAAUAAAGGGUGGUGACAACGACCUCGAAGAGAAGUUCUUUAAGCAAGCCGAGCAAAACGGUAUCAGUGAUAUCAAAGGACAUAGAUCUGUUGGUGGUAUAAGAGUUUCUUUAUAUAAUGCUAUGACACUACAAGGUACAGAGAUACUUAUCAAUUUCAUGAAAAAGUUUAUGUCCGAGAAUAAAUAA